UCCCGGUGCCCGUCAGGUCUCUGCCCCGCAGAGAGGCCCGUGCGGACUCUCCCGCCGAGCCGGCCCCGCCCGGCCCAGGUUGAUGACAAUGUUACCAGGCAUUUGGAUAGAGUGUUAAAGAGAGAAGACUGGGAUAUCCUAAUACUACAUUACCUGGGAUUGGACCAUAUUGGACAUAUUAGUGGGCCAAACAGCCCAUUAGUGGGACCGAAACUUCGUGAAAUGGAUAACAUACUGAAGAAGAUUCAUAUUUCUCUUCUUUCAAAGGAAGAAGCUUCUUUGCCCAAUUUGCUAGUUGUGUGUGGGGAUCACGGGAUGUCUGAAACGGGUAGUCAUGGUGGUUCUUCAGAAGGAGAAGUGCACACACCUCUUCUGUUUAUCAGCUCUGCUUUUGAAAAGAGAAGUGGUCCUCUAACCCAGCCUGAACGUGUGCAACAAACAGAUUUAGCCAGCACACUGGCAGUAGGUCUUGGUCUGCCAAUUUCAAGAAAUAGUGUUGGGAACCUUAUACUGCCAGUUGUUGGAGGCAAGACAAUGAGAGAACAACUACGUUUUGUACACUUGAAUGGGUUCCAGCUUAGCAGGUUGCUGCAAGAGAAUACACCUGCAUAUGAAAAAGAUCCUGGAUAUGAACAUUUUAAAAUAGCAGAAAAAUCCCAUGGUAAUUGGAUCAAACUGUAUUUAGAGGGGAAUAAUUCAGAAAUACUCUUAAAUCUUGGCAAAAAGGUCCUGAAGCAAUACUUGGAGGCCCUCAAGACUCUGAGUUCUUCACUAAGCAAACAAGUGGCGCAGUAUGACAUGUAUUCGAUGAUGGUGGGGACUGUGAUCAUUAUGGAGGUUCUGCUGCUGCUUUUGCUCAGCGUUCCAAAAGCUCUGAGCAAGAGGGCAGAAUUUGAAGUGCCCCUCUCCCCUCCACUAUUCUCUCUGCUGUUUUAUUUGAUGUGCCUGAUGCUGUGUGCGGUUCAUGUCAUUGUAUGCACGUCAGCAGAAAGUUUGUGCUAUUUCUGCAGUAUGUCCUGGCUAACAGCAGUUGGAGUGAUGAUGCUGAUUUCUGCACUCAUGUGUGGUAUUUUAUCUGCUAUUGCAAAGAUCUUUGAGAAUUCCCGACUUCCACUGAAGAAUCCAGGUGUGUCCAGUUCUAGUUGGUCAGAAAUAGAUGUGCUGAUUCUGGCUGGAACAAUUGGCCAUGUUUUGAGUUUGGGGGCAAGCAGUUUCAUAGAAGAGGAACAUCAAACUUGGUAUUUUCUUAUCAAUACGCUUUGUUUGGUGCUGUGUCAGGAGCUUUGUAGAAAUAAUUUUCUUCUAAAGGAAUGUGACCCUCAACAUAGCACCAAUGUGAAGCAAAAUUUUGAUAGUCUUGGGGAAACCUCUGAUUGCAAGAAUAUAGACAUUCCAGCAGCAAGUAGUUCAAAAUUGGACAAGGCCACAUCUUCAUCUGAAUUCAUGAAAGGAUCACAUAAGUGGAUAAGCUUAGCAACUCCAUGGGUCAUCCUUAUUUGCUGUCGGCUACUUCGAUCCUUGAAUCAGACAGGUGUCCAGUGGGCUCAUCGACCAGACUUUGGGCAUUGGUUGACAAGCUCUGAACAUAAACCUGAACUCUCCUUCUUGGCUGCAGUCUCCCUGCUUAUGAUCUUCUUUCUGGUUCAAAGGAGAUGCUCCCUGGUUUCAAAAAUUGCUAUGGCACUCGGGCUCCUGGGAGUCUACAGUUACCGGGCAGCUGUUGGAAAUGUCAUAUUUCCAUGGCAACAUGGUGGCAAAGAUAUUUCAAAGGGGAUCACUGAAGCUCGUUUUGUUUAUGUCUUUGUUCUUGGCAUAGUCUUCACUGGCACUAAAGAUUUACUAAAGUCACAGGUUAUUUCUGCAGACUCCAGCAUGAAGAGCACAGGAUUGUGGGAAGUAUAUAGCGGAUUGGUUCUACUAGCAGCCCUUCUAUUUAGACCUCACAAUUUACCAGUCUUGGUGUUUUGCCUGCUGAUUCAGACAAUGAUGACAAAAUACAUUUGGAGACCUUUGAAAUUUGAUGCGGCGCAGAUUACUAUCAUGCACUACUGGUUUGGCCAAGCUUUCUUCUAUUUUCAGGGAAAUUCAAAUGGCAUUGCUACUGUGGACGUUUCAGCAGGUUUUGUGGGACUGGAAAGCUAUGUGGAGAUACCAGCUAUCUUCCUUACGGCGUUUGCAACAUAUGCGGGACCUUUUCUUUGGGCCAUUCAUCUGCUGUGCUACUUAAGUUCUGAAGUUAGCAGGAAUUCAGCAGCAGUGGGUCACGGCUGUUUCUGCUACGCUCUAAUGCGCUCAAUUCCAGUUGCCAUCUACGUUGUUUUGGUGACGGGUCUGCGGUACCACCUGUUCAUAUGGAGUGUCUUCUCUCCAAAACUGCUGUAUGAGGGAGUGCAUGUGUUCAUCACAGCUGCUAUCUGCCUGUUCUUCACAGCAAUGGAUCAGAACCACUUUCACAGAGUGCAAGAUUGAAAAAUAAGUGCGCGGUGUGCCGUUCUGGAAUGUCACUGGAAUGGAAGAAGGAAAAUAAAGGCUUUAUUUGAAGAGAAUUUGAAGAGUGACCUUGUUUAUUUGGGUCAGGGUUUGAAGGGUCUGUCCAGUGUUAAAAUUGAAUUUGCUUUAAAAAUGUUGAAUUGAACUGUUUUUUUGAUAACUUCUCUUCUGUAGCUGCCAUUAUAGUGCUCCCCAAAUAACAGAAUGGUGAUAUUACAUGUUUUGAACCUUAAAAUGUAUAUCUUAACAUAAAUAUAGACCAGUGCCUCGUGGGCACUGAGAAAAUCUUCUGCACGUACGUACAGUUUUUUGACCUUCUUAGACUACAAGAUCCUAAAAAUAUUCAGGACUUCUUGGUGCUGUUCACAAAAUCUUCUGUCCGUUAGCCUCAGGGGGUUUUUGUGUUUGUUUUGUUUCUAGUGGAGGCAUUGAAAUUAUUACUAAAUUAUUGUUCUACAAAUAUCCCAGGUAAGUGAUUUUGCUUGUUUUGCACGGGCAGCAAGCAUUUCUAUUUAAAGGCAGCAUUUUGUUUGUAAGGUGAGUGCAAUCACUGUCUGUAAUGGAUUUCGAUCUGCACUUCAGGCACUGAAUAAAAAAUGCUCAUGGUCUAACAAAGUAAUGAAUCUUCUGUGGAGUCCAUCCACUGCUAAAAUGUUGUGUUUCUUCUUAUCAAUGUAUAAAUGUUAAAUCAGGUUUGUGGCGGCCAUGCUGAACAUUUGGCCGUGUUUUCCACACGAUGGUAGAGAGUUGUGAGCAGUGAAUAGGAAAACAGCUUAAUGGACUAAGUUACCAGCAGAAUAAAAGGUGUGUUUGCAGUUUGCAUCACCUUCCCCCAGUGACCUGUUUCACCAUCUCACUUGAAUGUGCUGUAAUUAAUUCCUAACAAUGUUGUUUUCCUUGCUUCUGUCAAGAAGAUAUAUGUUGAUGACUACACUGACUAUAAAUAUUCUUUAUGUGUGUUUCUUUGCCUCAUAUUUUUGUCCAUGUUAGUAGCUGAUAGGAUUUAAUCUAAAUAUAUUAGAGGUAUAGCAGAAAAGAAGCAUAGAGAGAACUUUUAACUUUUGUUAUAAAUCUGGAAAAAGAAAGCUUUCAAGGCCUGUAGACCUGAUAGCCCAUUUGUUAGGCUCAUUAAUACACUUUGCAUCUCAUACUUCAGAUAAAGCAACCUUUAGUUUUUAUGUAUUAAUAACAGGCCAUCUUGAUCACUGAUAAUGAAGUUUUUUUCACCUAUAAAGCAACCACAAUGUUCGAUACGCUGGCAACGUAUUGCCAUUCACUGUGAGCUGCUGGGAGAUGUAAAAUUAAAUACUUCUAAUAAAUCACUUUUCACUGCAAAAUAUGGUGUUAAUGUAGUACAAAUUUAUCAUUUUUAUCAUUCCCAAUAUUCUUCUGGUUACCUGUUGGUGAGCAACCAUGUGGGCAUUACCAACAUAUUCUCUGUUUGCUCACUUGGUUAAUUCCUAAGCAAUUAGCCCUAACAUUCAAACAGAUUAUGUUUAAAAAACAUUUGACUCAGAGAGAAAGAGUGCUAAUAAAGAGAUGGAAAGGGUGGAGGGGAAGUUGCUUCUGGUGUACAGAAUCCUAAAACAAUGUGGGAUGACAUUCACAAGAUGCUCUUUUCCUUCCUUCUGAUAUUUUUUGCUUCUAGUACAUCUCUUGGACAUUUUAUCAAAUAGUGGAAUCUUAAAUACUGUGUGUGAAUUAAGGUUACAGUUCUUCAGAUUACUUAGUUAAAUAAUAGUUUCUCCUUUGAAGAUGGAAGAUGUCCAGAAUGCAUCCAGGCUAAAAUAAAAGGCCUGGGAAAACUGUGUUAUUUAGGUCUGCAAGACCAAGAAAGGAAGGAAGAAGAAGACACUGUGUCUCUAUCUCAAGUUAACUCACAGUUUAGGGGAUACAUGAAAGAAACAUGGUACUUUCAACUUCAGAAUUGCCAUUUUUAUUCUUUUCACCCUUUCCCUUUUGGUCACAGGCAAAUGAAGUCAUGUUUUAGCUUCAUCAGCUUAUGGGCAAUAGCAAUGCAAAGCUGAGGCAGCGAAGGAAUGAGUUGGUUCUUGCCACAGGCAAACAGACUUUAACUGGGGAAUUAUGUAAAAAUAGUUUUAUUUUCAAUCUACUUAAAGUUCUGGUAUUUUAUCUGAAUGUACAGAGAAUGCAAAUGCCUCAACACAAAUUCUUAUCUCGCUGUUUGGUUGUUCCACUUCCCUUCUCAUCCAAUCUCCCCAUAUCAUGUUCAGCGUGUUCCAAACCCUCAGUCACGGAGACAAGUGCUGUGGGAAGAAGGAAUGCUAUUUUUUUUUGCCAUUCUGAGCAUACCAGUUCCUUCUGUCCAAGUCAUCUGUAGUCCCUGAUCUGGUGUGGGAUCAGCCUGGGCUGCAGCUUCCUCGGUAGUACCCUGUGCAUGGGCAUAAAUACCUUCUGAGGUAUUUACUCCAUAAAUACCUUCUGAGCAGGAAUGUCUUCUCAUUGUGGAGAAAGUUUUGACAUGUUAAUUUUUUCCAUUCAGCACCUUUCCUGUUGGCCAGGGCCAGGUUCAGCCAUUUACAGUGGUCUGUAGCUUCCUUUACCAGAUUCACCAGGUCACCAUCAGUCAGCUCAGCUCAAAGCUUGUAACAUGUGAUCAGUCCUACAGAGUCAGAGCACGAUGAAGCUUGAGCUUCCUUCUUGUAAGUGAAUUCAGGUUUAAGGAAAAAAAUAUUAAAUCUGUCCAUGUUUCAGAUACUGUAUAUCUGUAUUUCUACUCUCUAGAAAAAAAAGCCUCCAUUUUCCUUGGCUCUCUAUAAGCCAGCAGAAGAUCCACAGCGUGCACCCCAGCCUUUCCAGCAGGUCAGGCACGUGUGCUAGGCUGCUGCACCUACACUCUGUGGAGAAGGGAAGAGCACUGGAUGCUGGACAACUUUAGCAAGGCCUUCAGCAUCAGGUACUUGGUGGCCACGUGUUGAGCUGUGGAUCAGUGGGCUUGAAGGUGAACUGGAUCUUCAAGCUCUAAGGGUUGACUUCAGUGGUCUGAGGUCCCACAGGGACUGAUAACAGUAGUGCAGUGCUAGGGUAAGGCAAUUUAAAAUCUUUCCUAAGUUGGGUGAGGGCAUGGCAAGACCAGAGCAAAUCUGGAAAUGCUACCAAAUUGGAGGAGUGGUGUAUAUGCUGGGGGGCAGGACCACCCCCUAGAGGGACCUUGGAACACUGGAGAAAUGGGCUGCUGACCACCUGCAGUACCAUCCAAGCAAAUACUCCUGGCUGAUAAUGGUGCAGGAUGGGGCCCACGGGCUGGUGAACAGCUCUGGAGACCCACUGGGCAGAAAGGGAGACUGUGAGCAGCCCUGACAGCCUGAUCUUGUUCCCCAGCUGAUCAGUAUUCAAGGAAAAACAAACACACGUAUUUGCACAGAUAGUUUGUCCAGCCCAAAUCCCAGUGGCCUGCUCUGCUGCUGGCACCCAGAGGAUAUGAGCUAUGCUCCUGUUACUGGUAUCCAGACCUCUUCUCUUACUGGUGAUUCCAGCCUGAAGUUCACUGGUGUUCACAGGAACCUGCCAAGAGCAGAGGAAGCACCCACAAAGAAGUAGAAUUUAAUGAGAGGAUGGGGCACACAGUAGUGAUGGACUCCCACAGAGAAAUAACACUGACUGUUCGGUAUAAACAGAAUCUUGUUUAUACUGAGCCAGUCCUGUUUAUCCACAUUUUGCCUCUGCUUUCCCAUGUUUAUUCCUUCCUGAUCCAUAUUGAACCUUCUUUUUCCCUACAUUUGGUCCUUUCCCUAAGUAUUACAUAAUGACUGACAUGUUCCAUCAAACCCCUUAAAAACAUGCCAUAAGUUUUACAGAAUCCUGAAGUGCUUUUCCCUGUGGAUCUCAUAAUGACACCUGUGGUCCUUCAGGCUCCUUCAGUCUGCAAGGUCUUCAAUGGGAGGAGUUUCUUUGGUUGACUAAUCCUGGUGGGCUUCACACCAGGGACAAUUAUCCAACUGCUUAGUGAGUGAUUAGAUAGCCAUCUAAAUAAAUUACUAUAAAUUACUGAUUAGACAAUUAGGUUAGCAGAGAUCCUCAGCAUUUCUUGCCCAUCUGACCCUCACCAGACCUUUGUGUGACCAUGACUUUAAUCACCUAAGUUCACAACGAUUUUUGCCAUGUUUCAGCCCAGGGAUGAGGAAGCAUCAGAGACCUUUUGGCUGCAGUCACCUCCCAGGAGGUGGAGCACGGAGAUAAUGAAGGUAGACUCUUCUCAGAAGGGCACAGGUAGAGACACAAAGGCAACAGGCACAAGUUGCAAUACAGGACCUUGCCAAGAGGUCAGGGGACCAUUUUCUCACCUGAGUGUUUACUGAUGGGAUGGGAUUCAGUGAGCUCUUCCAGCAUUGGAGCAAUCUCAUUUAAUUGCCCCUGCUGGUGGCGAGAAGUUGUACUGUGUGAGCUCCAGAGGGGUCCUCCAAGCAACAUUUUUCAAGCAUUCUGUUGUUUUGUUGUGUUUGAAGUUGUCUCUGCCAUUUCUUACUGACCAUUUUUUUGGGCUACUUCCUGAAGUGAAAGAGCUUUGUUAUUGAUUUCAUAAUAAAAAUAUAAAUAAAUGAACCAACAGAAAAUAAAA